AGCCAGCCAGACCAUCCCUACCUCCCCGUCCCCAUCCAUGUGGCAGUGAGAACAGAGCUCAGCGUUGUCAGGGGCAGCAUCGCAGGCGCUACCCAGCCGGAGCAGCGAGCAGCAGCGUGGCCGGCAGGAUGGGGGACACGGCUCCCCCCCAGGCCCCGGAUCUCGGGGCCGGUCUCCUGGGAGGGGGCUCGGUGGCCCCCCGGGUGCACAGCGCCAUCGUGGAGCGGCUGCGAGCCCGCAUCGCCGUCUGCCGCCAGCACCACCAGAGCUGCGAGGGACGCUACGAGCGGGGCCGGGCGGAGAGCUCGGACCGCGAGCGGGAGAGCACCCUGCAGCUGCUGAACCUGGUGCAGCACGGCCAGGGGGCCAGGAAGAGCGGCAAGCACAGCAAGGGGGCUAGCAGCGCCGGCCCGGCUCCCUCUGCCGCGCCGCCGGACUAUCACCCGCAGCUGCUCAGCAACGGGGCUGCUGGGGGCAGAAGUGGGAUCAACGGGGAGCAGCAGCAGCAGCCGGGCUCAGCGGCCGACGGGGGGCAGAGGAACUCGGCCCUCAUUGCGCUCCAGGGCUCCUUGAAGAGGAAGUUGGUGGUAAAUCUAUCACCUGUUAACAACAAAAGACCCAAUGGUAUUUCAGAUAACUCUUUCCUUGAUAUUAAGAGGAUACGAGUGGGUGAUAACCUUUCUAUGGGACAAGGCGGACAUGUUAACAAUUGCCAAAGCCAGUCAAUGUCAGGAACCUUGUCUGUGGGGCAAGGAUCACAAAGAAAGACCAGCAACCUAACAAACAAUACCCACUCUAGUGGGCAUAUAUUUAAUAUGCCUUUGAAAGAGGUCAAGAAAGAACCAGGAGAAACCAUAUCUUGCAGCAAACACCUGGAUGAUCAGAUGUCCCAUGAAAACAUUUUCCCUAACAGAUAUGGGGAAGAUACAGGGGAACAGAUGAUGGACCCAGAGCUUCAGGAGUUGUUUAAUGAACUGACUAACAUAUCGGUGCCACCAAUGAGUGAUCUUGAACUAGAAAAUAUGAUAAACGCCACCAUAAAACAAGAUGAGCCGUUUAACAUUGAUCUUGGGCAGCAAAACCAGAGAGGCGCUGCUAGAUCUUCUCUGCAGAUGGAGAAAAUAGUGAUAAAAAGUGAAUAUUCGCCAGGCUUGAAUCAGGCACCUGUGGGCUCCCCUCAAAUGAGGCCUUCUUCUACAGGACCAGCCUUCACUAUGUCCAGCGCUGCCAUGUCCACCUCUUCACCAAUCCCUUCGGUGCCUCAGAAUCAAGCACAGUCGUCGCAGGUCUCUUCUGUCUCAAAUCGACCAUUGACUAACUGGCAAGAAGUAUCUCACGCCCAGCAGCUAAAACAAAUAGCAGCCAACCGACAACAGCAUGCCUUGAUUCAGCAGCAGCAAAACCAGCCAUCCAGCUGGCCCACCUUGUCCCCAUCAGGCCCUUCCCCAGGACAAUUCGUACAAGAGAAAAUUCCCAGCCCUUCCUUUCGUCAGCAGCAGUUCAGCCCCCAAAGUUCAGCCAUGCCUGGGGUAUCUGUCAAUGGGAAUCAGUCCAAAGCAAUGAAUAACUACAUCUAUAAACCAAACGCCACAACCCAGAGCAGCCCCAUUGACAUCAUAAUGCAACCAAAGCCUCAGGAUCUCAAUAGAAACUUUAUAAACAACACUCAAUCACCACUAGAGCAGCAUCAUGGCAACACAAAGCCUUUGUGUCAUUUUAACUCAGAGCAAACUAACCAGCAGAUGCCUUCAGUUUUGGGAUCCCAAAGCAAGCCUUCUAUUCUGCACUAUCCUCAGCAGCUGCAGAGCCCUGGUGCAGUGCAACAGCAACAGCAGCAACCUACUCAACCUCUCCAAAACCAGCCUCUUCAAAGGCCACCAAACGUAUCCUUAGCAUUGCAGCAGAAGAUGAUCCUUCAGAAAAUGCAGCAAAGCCAACAAAUCUCAGGACUGCAGUAUCCCGUCUCUCAACAGCACAGACAGGAUCAACACUCUGUGAUAGGCCAAGGUGCAGGCCCCAGUCCAAGUUCCAGUACUUGCUCAAAUCCAAACACUGGAAGUGGUUACAUGAACUCAUCCCAGCAAUCAACGUUGAAUCAGCAACUGAUGGAAAAAAAACAGGCGUUGCAGAGGCAGAUGAUGGAGCAAAAGCAGCAGCUCCUUCUGCAGCAGCAGAUGUUGGCAGAAACAGAGAAAAUCGCUCCUCAAGAUCAAUUGAACAGACACUUGACAAGGCCACCACCAGAUUACAAAGACCAGAGAAGGAAUGUGGUCAGCAUACAACAAGCAAACCAGUAUUCUGGUGGUUCUCCGGCAGUGAGUAUGAGCUCCAGUCUGUCUUUAUCAAAUCCUAUUUCAACUCAUAGCAUUUUGUCACAGAAUUCUAGCCUUUUGACAACUCCCCAUGGAACCAGAAUGCCUUCUAUUUCAGCAGCCCGGAACAUGGGCUGUUACGGAAACAUUCCUUGCAAUCCACCAAGCUCAUACAACGUGACGUCAGGAAUGAACCAAGUGCAGCAACACAGAAACCAAAACCAAAUCAUAACCAGUCAAAAUAACCUCAUGAUGUCUCGCCAGCCAGCCCUGGCACAAGGAAACAACGUAACCGCUUUUGGGACUGGGUCAGCCGUUAACUCGCAGCAAGUGAGAGCAGGUUUAAACCACGGAGCGACAGGUAUCCCAGCACAAAGACCAUCGAAUGUGAUGAUCGCUUCCAGUGCUGCUGCUCAGAACUGGGGCCCUCAAGAGGCAGCAACAAAGCAGCAGGAUGCACUGAAACCUACAGGAGUUCGUUUCCCAACGAGCGCUCCAUAUCCUAACCAGUCUCUGCAGCGCUCCAUAGGCAACCCGCAGUUUCCUCAGCAUGCUAUGGCACCUCCAAACCAAUUAACAACAGCAGCGCAAAUGAGACCUCCUCUAAACCAAAUGAACCAAACAAUAAACGGACAACCUGUUGGGUCACUAAGAGGUUUAAGUGUAGGAGCUAACCAGAUCAGAGCACAGACUGUGCCUAACUUGAAUCACCCAGGAACAAGUAUGACACCACCAUCAUCCCUGCCGUCAACCAGUUUUACAUCUACCAACCAAAACUCUAGGGCUUACCAAGGAACUGACCAUGGGAAUGACUUAGCCUUUGACUUUCUUAACCAGCAUGGUGACAAUAUAGGGCCUGCACUCAACAGUGAUUCAGACUUCAUAGACUCUUUAUUGAAAACAGAGCCUGGUAAUGAUGACUGGAUGAAAGACAUCAACCUUGACGAAAUCUUGGGGAACCACUCAUAAGUGACAAUGCCGAUGAUAAAACAUACAUGCUCUAAGUUCUAAGAGGCAGGAUUGACUUUAGCUCUCUCUUUAAAGUCCAACAAUCUGCUUUAUUAAUUUACUCUCCAGUGGUUGGGCUGUUUAAGAACCAAUGGUUUAAAAUAAGGAUCCAAGUGGAGAGAUUGCUCUGUUUGAAGAGAUGGUCUAAGAACAAAAUCUGAUUCUAAAUCUUACCCCAGGUGAAAGUAUAACGUAGGGUGAUAGUUAUAGUUGUCAAGCUAAAAACAGAUGAGGGGGUUUAUGGCCAACGCAUUAGAAGUGCACCUGUUGUUCUCAUGGGAGCUGUCUGCAUUUGGCUUAGGAUGUUGUAGAACAUGCAUUCUGCAAACAGAGGUCCUGAACGGUGUGCAGAUCAUGAAACUUCAUGUCUCAGAUGCAAGUGGCCACCUCACUAUGGGCUUGACUCCACGCAGUCCGGAGCAAAGAGCUCAGUGCUCUCCACUCUCAUUGAGAGUACUCAGUGCCUCCCAAAAUCAGGCCCUCUGUACAACUAAUUCUUGUAUGUUAUAAAAAUUGUUUACUUCUACAUUGUAGAAACUCUCAUUUUUCCUUUCGAUUGAUUUCAUUUUAAACCACCUAACUUGUGUAGAAAAGGGCAAGUGGUUCCUUUCAAGGAAGGAGGAAAGCGGUUUGUGUGAGACACACCCCAGAGUGGUCGAUAGCUUUUACUCUCUCUCCUGGGGUUUGGUUUGUUGUAACAAGGGGAGGCUCUUUCUCCAAUAGGUAACAAGUUCGGUGUAGUUUCUGGUAUAAAUAUGCCAUCAGCCAUUCUAAAGUUCAAGGGCCAAAUUCUGCUCCUUUGCUUGCACAGAUGGUGCCAGUGACUUGAAUGGACAGUUUGAGUGAGAUAGAGGUGGAAGAUUUGGCCCCAAAAGAAUACUUCCCCACUCCGUAUCUGAGUUCCACAUGUACCCAGCUAUUUGCUUCAUCCUUGCUCAAGCGCUGGGAUAUAUGUGCGUAUGGGAAGACUUCCAUUUUGAUUCAGUCUGACAACAUGCAGCGUGACUCCUGUGGAGAAUAUCCGUAGCUCUCUCAUUCACCAGGUCGAGGGAGUCAGAAGAGAGACACGCUUGAGCACUAAAAGUGCUGAUGACGGUUUGAUAGAUACUCACUGUGGGCCAGAUUCUGGUCCCUUUACUCAGGUUGAGUCGACCCUUGCUCUCUGAGUUGUCCCUCUGAAACCCAGAUGUAUAGCUAUGUACUGAAAUAAAUGGGACUACUUGCAGAGUGAGAUACCCUUCAGCCAGAGUCAAGGUACCAGAAUCCGGCCAUACAAACUAGUUAAUUCACAGCCUGGUUAAAAUAAUGAGGAGUCAGACUAACAUGGCUACCCCUCUGAAACCUGACAGCCUGGUUACUCGCCCAGUCACUCUCCUAGCAGGAGGAUGAGGGAAGGGAUUCUGCCAGCAAGGUGAGAAAGAUGUUGCUUGCGCUGAUGUGGUGAGGAUCCUUCAAGAGGUUGUCUGAGUCAGAUAAGGCUAGGGAAUAUAGAGCCCAUUUGCAGAUGCCUGGAGAUGACCAGAAACAUAUUGCUUCAAAAGGUAUCACUAUACCACCAUUACAGGUUUCAAUUGAUCCAUCAUUUCUUUGUGGAGAAGUUCCUUCUUGAGGACUCCUGGCAUAUAUACACACAAGAGCAGCAGCUUCAGCGCCCUUGGAAAGGGGGCAACAUGUUCCCACAAUGCACUUGCCCAGCUGUGCUGGCCGGGGCAGGUGGGGUCAGAGCCAUGGUCCUAUCCUGGCCUCUCCCCCUUUCAGACACCACGAAGGUGAAAUGGAGGUGGGUGAGGAGGAAACUUCUCUACACCCUCCCUGCCUUAUGUGCUUGGGCAGAGCCUAGCCAGGGUCUUACUCUGAGCAAUCAGGUAUGACUCCAAGAAGGAGAGCUGCUUUGGGAUGGUGGAGAGGGGAAGACAUGCAUGGCACAAGAGGUGGUGAUGUCUGGAGGGAUUUAUUUCCAAGGAGACUCAGAUCAGCAGCCUCUUCACACCUUUAGAAAAGGUGCGUCAGCCUCCCAGUGCAGGGGGCCAGGGCUCUGACUACAUUUCUAACCCGCCCAGACACUCCCUUUCUAGAAUGCGCAGCACUGCCAGAACCAAUAGCCGCUCUCCCCCAACCACACCCCUUGGGCUCAGGGAGCAGGGCUGCCUCCUCUAUCCGAUCACUAAGGAAUGGAAGGGCAGAUAUUACUUAGCCCAAAAAACAAAACAACUUUUCAGCACAAGUCACGUAACGUCCCACCUUGAUUUAGAGAGAAGCGAUAUGGACAUAUGGGAGUAGAGCGAUACCAGGGGUCUGAACCUGCGCUGCCUGGCACCUGUAGCAAUCAGGAGCAGUUCCAUUUCUGCAAUGGAGUUACACCAGUUUAAAUCAGGUGUAGGAUCAGCCCACCUCUGUCACCCACACACAGGGUCAAUGAGCUGGUCAGCAGCGAUGCUAAAGCUCUUGCAUGAGUGAGUGAUUUCCUGUUCAACAGUGGCUGAGUAUGCACUCCUCCUUCCUUGCUCUUAUCACAAGCCCUGAGCAAGUGGGCUGGUAACCACCUAACACAGCAUAUGUACUCACGUGCCUCUGCUGACCAAUAGCAAGGAGCCCCCUACCACAGCCCCGACUCAGGCAAAACUUGCAUUUUUUUCCUGAACAUUGAAGACCAGAUCCUCAGCUGGUGUAAAUGGGAACAGCUGAGAAUCUGCCCCAAACACUACAAGAUUUGGCCCUCAGCCUAAGCCAGCAUCCGUUGAAGUUAAUGGGAAUCUUUCCAUUGAUGGCCAGCAUUGGAUAAGGCCCUUAAUUGAGUCUAAAUUCUGUCACAAUUGUAUUAAACAAUGUAUAUUUUAUAUAAAUUUAAACUCACAUGCGGCAAAGGCCAUUUACUGUCCUGUUAAGAUAUACACGUGACAUUUUAAAUGUGAGCUUAUGAAUGACUUUUGUGACCAAAACUUGAAACCAGUCUCAGUUCUUAAGAACCCCGGUCUCUUUAAAACAAUCUCUCUUUCUGUAACAAUGGCUGCAUGCACUAACCACCCUUAUAUUAUAUUUUUCACCCUAGACCAGGAGCUCUUUGCAGUAUUUGGUUGUAAAUAUAAAGAUUUAUUUGUUUUGUAAACUUUUGUAAAAACAAGAAAUUAAUAAUAAUAUUUUGGUAGGAAUAAUAAAAUCAUAUUCUUUGGGUUAUAUUUAUAUAUAUGUGAAAUAAAUAUACUAUCUACAAAGUUGUAUUUUAUACAAAAAGUAAAUGGUUACCUUUUGUAUUCUAAUAUACAAAGUUUUGUAUGGUAUGAUUGCUUAUUUUCAUCCUCAGACUUAACCAUUGGGUUGUGGGGGAGGACAGAAUGGGACCUUUGGGAUCUUUCCAUUGAUUUCCAUUGAUUUCAAGUGGCUUUGGAUCAAGCCUUUAAAAAUACUUCAGAUACAUUCAAAUCUGAAGCUCUCCUGAAACCUCAAUAUGAAAACAUUCCAGGUUUCAACACUUUUUUUAUUGUAGCUUUUGGGUUUUUUUAUAUGUAACUGUCAUGUCCUUGUUGCAUGUAUGUCUGCUUUAUACUUUCUCAUAUUAUAAAACAGUAUUUCUCUAUACAAACUGAAAGGAAAAAUUGCUGUACAUAAAUGUUUGUGUUUUAUGCAUUUUUACAUGUGGCUGUAUAUACCUCCUAGUACUAUGCAGUGACACUUAUUCGACUCCAUUUAUUUUUCACCUAAACAUUAAUAGUAUGUUUUUUUCAAUAGCUAUCAAAAUUCCACCAAGUAAAUCAAUCAAAAUGUU